AUAUGUAGUCCUUGUUUCGCUCGUUUAUGUCUGAACCCACUUUGCUUCGUCUCUCUGCUUCUGGAGAAAGUACUGUUUUAAUCUUUUUAUCUCCAAAUCUCAACAAAAUAAAACCCAAAUAUGUCUUCACCAAGCAAACGCCGAGAAAUGGAUUUGAUGAAACUGAUGAUGAGUGACUAUAAGGUGGAGAUGAUCAAUGAUGGCAUGCAAGAGUUUUAUGUGGAAUUCAAUGGACCAAAAGAGAGUCCUUAUCAUGGAGGUGUGUGGAAGAUAAGGGUGGAGCUGCCAGAUGCUUAUCCUUAUAAAUCUCCAUCAAUUGGCUUUGUCAACAAGAUAUAUCACCCAAAUGUUGAUGAAAUGUCUGGUUCAGUUUGUUUAGAUGUUAUCAAUCAAACUUGGAGCCCCAUGUUUGAUCUGGUUAAUGUAUUUGAAGUUUUUCUUCCUCAACUUCUUUUGUAUCCCAACCCGUCAGACCCAUUGAAUGGAGAAGCUGCUGCUCUAAUGAUGCGUGAUCGCACUACUUACGAACAAAGAGUGAAAGGGCUCUGCGGUUGUGCCAGUGGAUAUUCAUAUUGCAGGGAUAUGUUAAUUCCAAGAAUUUGAAGAAUGAAACUGUUUACCACCUAUUUUAACUUUCUGAUUAUAGGAGCAAGGUUGGAUGCAUAUAAUAGUCAUUUUAAGCUGAACAAGAACCAACUCUUCAACUCUCUUUACUUGCUUAUCUUUAGAGUACAAAUUUAAUCUCAAAAUGUUAUUCCUGUGGGCUGGAGUUGCAAGUGUUGUUCUAUUUAUAUAUUCUUAUAAUUAGGGAAGAAUUAAUGAAGUGAGAUACAUUCAGCCAGCACAUUAAUUGGCGACAUGGUUGUAUUAUGACAUGGAAAGGAUGGAUCAGUUGUCAUUUAUAUUAAACAUGGGAAUGUUUCUUGCUUUCCUUACUGUAUGAUCUUUGCAAAGAAUUGCUUUAUAAGAAUUUCAUUUACUAA